AUGAAAUACGCUGUGGACGCGGGUAUCAUCAAAUGCAUAUGCGGGUUUGACGAGGACGACGGUUUCACCAUCCAGUGCGAAUCCUGUAACGUGUGGCAACACGCCGUGUGUGUGGGAAUCGGCUCCGAGGCGGAGGUUCCAGACGUGUAUCUCUGUGACCAGUGUGGACCUCGAGAACUGGAUGUCAAAGCUGCCCAUGAGAAACAAAAGACUCGCCUGGAGACUAUCAAACAGAUGCAGGAAAAGAAACGAAGGAAAGAAUCGGAAGAGAAGGAGGGCCAGUCAAAUGGUGACGCGUCUGCAACUACCCAGGCCACGCAGACUCCUCCAGUGGCCCCCUCUAGAGAAUCAACGGAACAGCCCAACAAUGAGGAAAACGACUACCAUUUCGAUUACACUGUGAUCCCCAGAAAUACCGUGGACCCGGAAGUCAAGGAUUAUCUUGCCAAGUUGGCCAAUGAGGAAAUUAUUGACAAGGACAUCAGUUACAUGUCUCUAUCGGAGUAUUCAAAGAUUGUCAAGCCUAAGAUGACCUUAAAGCUGUUCCAAGACAAUCCAAAGUCCAAGUUCUGUGGCUUUUCUAAGCAUGGACUUGUGGCCAAUCAGCCUAUUCAGAAAGACCGCUUCAUCAUCGAGUACGUGGGUCAUGUUUCACAUAAGGACCAGUACAAGGCAGACCCAAUCAACCAGUAUCGCAUCCAUCCAGUGCCCAAAUCGUCAGUCUUGUUCCAUCCAACGCUUCCUCUAGUGAUAGAUGGUCGUCUUGUAGGCAAUGAUGCGCGGUUCAUGCGCCGUUCGUGCAAUCCAAACUGCAGAGUGGCGACUGUCGUGGUUAACAACACCGAUAUCAUUUUUGUCGUGUUUGCAACUGAACCAAUCAAGCCAGGUACGGAGUUGACACUCGCAUGGGAAUGGGACACUCAUCACCCCGUGCAAAAGAUGCUUCAUGGCACUGAAAUCGACCAGCUCACCCCCCAAGAGAAACUGUGCCUGGGCAACAUGGUAGAGACAAUUCUGCAACGAACAGAGUGCUCCGACCCCACAAAUUCUCAGUGCAUUUUGCAGAAAAUGAAGAAAUGCGUGUCUGCAAACCCCCGAUCUGUGCGAGGCUCGAAAACAAGAGCUCUUAACCUUCUUAAAGAGACGAAUGGCGAGGGAGGCUCUUCGUACGAAGAUUCGGGCAAGUCGUCAUCAGCAUCACCCAACCCGGAGCUCCUUCCUGGCUCUCAGGAGCUCAGUGUGGGUUUUGGAAUUGGCUCGUCGUACAAAGGUUAUGGAGGUUACGGAGGCAUUCAGUUCCCGUCUCCUGUGCCUCCCACUUGCAUGGACUAUCUCGAUAAGUUGGACGACGAGCAUCGCACCAUUGCUCUGGAUUACAUUGAGGCGUUUGCAUACGUGGACCCGCCUUACUACGAAAGAGUACAGGAGCCGGUGUCUGUGCCCAGAACUCCCAAGUCACCGUUCCUUUCGCCAUCACUGAAACGAAAAGAAGCUCCUGAGCGAGAUGAUCAGAUCUCUAAAGAGACCCAGACCGUACCCAUUGACAAACGACUACGAUCUGGAGAGUCAUCAUCCAUCAAACUCGAGUUUCAAGAUGAACGAAGCGCCGCUACUUCAGAAGAGGAUCCCAUCCAGCCAAGAACCAUCCCGUUUAAAACCAACCUUUACCGAAUGUAUCAAGUUCGAUCUGCUUGCCCAGAGCCUGCUCCGCCCUCGCCGGUCGUUACAACGUCUUUCAAACGUCUCACUAUGAAGGAAUACUUUGAUCAUCCUACAGGCACUCCCUCAAAAGAAAUCAAGCCAAAGGUGGAAGAGAAGGGCUCUGAAUCGCCUGUCGACGAUCGUCGAAACAGUGGAGCCAAGAAGGGCAAGCUUUCCUUUGCUGACUACAUGAAACAGAAGAAGAGGGGGGCAUAA